CCCCACGCCAUAUCUUUGCAGCGAAUGACUUCAGUCCUUCGGCUCAGUCCUCGAAACGGCCCUUUCUGCGCGUUCUUCUCUCCUUCGCAUCUUUCUUGACCCGGUCGUUCUUUUGCUGGCCGCCCAGUACGCUCUCAUAGCCUGAAGAACCCCCCCAAACUCUCGCGACUGAUUUCAGUGCAUCCAGUCCUCUGUCGCUGACGUUACACACUGAUUAUCGAGCUUCAGCAUCAACUGGUAGCUGACUGCCGAAGCUUGAUAGCAGGUGCAAGACGUAGUUUUUCAAUCCAGAAAUGGCAGGCGAUCGCUCAGAGUCUUCGAGACCACUAGCAGUCCCUUCUUCGCCGCGAGAAUCCGGCCAAAGCUCCCCAGCAGAGUCACAAUCCGUGACACGGGCAGAGUCUAUCGCGAGACUGGGCUCACCCGUUCCUUCUGCUCCAACCGCCUCGGCUGUGCGCCAAAUACCAACCCCAGCUCAGCUCGAGGACUCGCCCUCGGCACAAACACCAUUAGCAGGACGUACAGACCAGUCCUCGCUGCCCGGCCCAGGCGCGUCGGCUCUUUCGUCAGCGUUGAAAGAGUCACUCGGUAGAAGCCCCCCGCGAUUCGGUACACCGCCUAUACAACCGCAAUCGCCAGCCCAGCAAACGCCUUCCUUUCGCGGCCCCCCGAGCAAUUACGGCUCUUUUGACGGUCGAGGUCGCUCGCCUGUGCCUUACGAAGAUCCCGAGAUUGUCCGGCGCCAUUUGGUCGGGCAGCAUGCGUCACCCAGCAGGUCAAAUCGAGGAUUCAUAGGCGAUGACGAUACACAGUCGCAGGGUAAGCGGGCUUUGGAUGAGGAGGAAGCAGAGUUCUCGAGUCUGCAGCUCCAAGGCGGCGAUAUCACAAGGCAGAUAUACAGGUGGAGCGAGCAGCAACAGGCGGAGGAGCAGGGCAAGAUGCAGCGGAGCAAGAGCUUCCAUGGAUCUCAACGUCGCCCAGACGAAGAAGUUUUAGACAUCGACUCCAUAAGACAGCCAGGAGGGUUCAGACGGAAUUACUUGCGCAGAGCUGCCGGUAGUCCGUCUCCAGCCCCGGGCCCGUCUGGUUAUGGUACUGUCCGCCAGUCUCGACAACAGCCCCAGGUCUUUACGAGCAACUUCCUCGAGUUCUUGACACUCUACGGCCAUUUCGCCGGUGAAUCGCUCGAAGAAGAUGACGAAGUACUCGGCCCAGAUGAAUAUUUCUCUUCAGAUGCUCUGGACUCUGGGGAGCACUCGGAGGAUGAGGACCGUGAGUAUGGCGAAUCGAGUGCCCUACUCACACCUGGAAAACGCCGCAAGCGGAAACCGAAGAAAACGGGCAACGGCAGUCCAACCGGCGCAGCUAUGUUGCUCCUCAAGUCUUUUGUCGGCACUGGCGUGCUUUUCCUUCCUCGCGCCUUUCUUAACGGCGGUAUGCUCUUCUCAAACCUGGUCCUUCUCGGUGUGGCAGGUCUAUCUUACGCCUGCUUCGUUCUACUUGUCUCUACUCGACUUGUAGUUGAACAUUCCUUUGGUGACAUGGGCUUUCAUCUAUACGGGAAGUGGAUGCGUAACAUGAUCAACUUCUCCCUCGUCAUCUCCCAGGUCGGCUUCUCCUCGGCUUACAUCGUCUUCGUCUCCGAAAACAUGCAGGCUUUCGUCUUAGCGGUGUCGAAUUGCAGGACAAACAUUGACAUCAAGGUUAUGAUAUUGAUGCAGAUGGUCAUUUUCUUGCCCCUGUCUCUCUACCGCAACAUCAACAAUAUCCAGAAGCUUGCCCUAGUGGCGGACCUGUUCAUCCUUCUCGGACUCGUGUACCUAUACUACUACGACCUCUUCACCAUCGUCCACCAAGGCGGCAUUUCUGACAUCGCCGCGUUCAAUCCCAGAGACUGGACCCUGUUCAUUGGUACCGCCAUCUUUACCUUUGAAGGCAUUGGUCUCAUCAUUCCAAUUCAAACCGGCAUGAAAGACCCGAAGAAGUUCCCCAAGGUUCUCGGAGGCGUCAUGAUUAUCAUUACUGUUGUGUUCCUCAGCGCAGGAGCACUGUCCUACGCGGCAUUUGGGUCCAAGACGAAGACUGUUGUUCUACUGAACAUGCCUCAGGAUAACAAGUUUGUCAAUGGCGUCCAGUUCAUCUACUCGCUCGCCAUCCUGCUCUCGACCCCGUUGCAAAUCUAUCCCGCGAUUGAGAUCACUAGCCAACAACUGUUCAGUAGAACAGGCAAGUACAACCCGUACGUCAAGUGGAAGAAAAACUUCUUUCGCUUCUUCAUGGUCUUGGUGUGCGCCAUGCUCGCCUGGGCUGGUGCAGGUGAUCUCGAUAAGUUUGUCAGUCUGGUAGGAAGCUUUGCCUGCAUCCCGUUAGUCUUUAUAUACCCUCCUAUGCUCCACUACAGGGCUGUUGCCCGAACGACCGUCGCUCGUGUGAUAGACGUCUUACUUGGUAUCCUCGGUGUGGUCGGCAUGGGUUAUACUACCGCCCUUACGAUUAACAGCUGGGUCAAUGGUGGUGCUCCAAAGGCUCCAGGGUACUGCGACAGCCGUUGAUUGGGAGCUUCUCUCGAGCAUGGCGCUUUCAUCUACCUCAUUUUCAUCUCUUGCCGCAUUUUAGCGAUAUAAAUCAGCAUCUCCGUCUCGCAUUUGACUCAGCAUUAGAGCCAUGCGGUUGUAGUAGAAAUAUGGGUGGUUGUUAUGAAGAUCUGAUGCAACCUCAAGUUAUAUUAGAUUGAAGUAGUGGGGCUCACGCCUCUCAAGGAGCAUCAUCGAGCGCAAUAUCAUCUAUUUGUAACACGAAGGUCAUUGCUCUGUUUGAUCGCAUGUCCUUGUAUCAGCUUAGCCUGUCGAUUGCACAUUGAUUGCCAUGAAUGGUUGGUCGUCGCAUAUAGUAGUCAUGAAAAUCGAUUGACGACGGCAAUUUCAACGAGUAUGUUAG